AGUUGUAGGGCAGGAAACAGGCAAUGUUGCGUUUAAAAGUAGCAAUUUUUCUAUUAGGAUUUGUUGCGUACACUCUUUAAGGAAAACAAUUCUGAAGGCUAUUUUAAAAGAUGUGACAGUGAUUAUAUCUUGAGCGUAAGAAAGUAUCGACAAAGAUGUACAUUUUAAAUUACUCAUUUCUACAUUAUUGUCGUAAUAGAUCUGUAUCUCAUCUUGACCCUAAUAUAAAGCACUAUACGCAAUCAGUUCUUAUUAGUCGCAGGCCGAAGGUGUAUGUAAUCUAAAUACUUCUUGCAACAUGUAUCAAUAUUUGAUACGCCCUAAGCGAUACAUCUACAUUCGUUUCAUUGUUUGUGUUGUAUCGCUAAGUUCGGUGAAGCUGGUCUUGGAUGCGUUCACACUUCACGCCAGUCUACAGAGUCUCUCUCAGCCAGUGAAACAUCUAAUUUACCGCCGCUCCUUACCCGUGGUAGAUGUAACAGACCUCAUGCGACGUAAAGUUUACCUUAAUGUGACGUACCCUGCAUUUGUGGCUUAUGCAGACGAGGAUGGCCCUGGUCAAAUGGGGAAAAGUCAUUUCCUGAAUUCGUCAUUAAUGACAGAAUCAGAGAAAGAAGAAGUAAGGAGAGGCUAUGAUAGACAUCAAUUCGACGAUUUCCUUAGUUCCAAAAUUGCAUUGCAUCGGACCUUGCCGGACCCAAGAGGCAACUUCUGUCAUGUCCAAGUCUAUCCAGAACUUCCACCAGUGUCCAUUGUUAUCACGUUCUAUAACGAGGCCUGGUCAACCCUCCUGAGAUCUAUACACAGCAUACUGGACAGGACGCCAAGUAGACUCUUGAAAGAAAUUAUCCUGCUGGAUGAUUGCUCUACUUAUGACUACUUAAAAGAGCCAUUAGAGGCCUAUCUUCAAAGCCUGGACAAAGUCCGAUUACUCCGUGCCACUCAACGUCUGGGUUUAAUUCAAGCUAGAAAUCUGGCUGUUGAUUUUGUGACUUCGGACAUAGUUGUCUUCCUUGAUUCGCAUAUAGAAUGUCACCAAGGUUGGCUGGAACCAUUGAUAACUCCUGUGUCUAGAGAUCACCAAGUCAUCACAUAUCCUCUAGUGGACAGUAUUUCUUAUUUCACAUUUAAACUACAGUGGCAUAAGGAUACAGUUGUAGUGGGUGGAUUUAGUUUGUCCUCGUUACUCUUUCAAUGGAUGCCCGAGAGGAAACUGAAUAUGACUCUUCAGACAAUGGAGGCAGAGUCACCUACAAUGCCUGGUGGAUUGUUCGCCGUAUCACGUGACUGGUUUGAAAAAUUAGGGCGCUUUGACCCUGGUCUCGUCUUGUGGGGUGGAGAAAAUCUAGAAUUAUCCUUUAAGAGCUGGAUGUGUGGUGGAAAAGUGAUACAGACCACGUGUUCUCGCGUCGGUCACGUGUUUAGACCAACCAAUCCAAACGUCCAGUCCUUCUCACAGAUAGGGUCAAACUUUUUCCGUGUGGCAGAAGUCUGGAUGGACGAGUACAAACAUUACUACUAUGAGAAAAUAUCUUAUAACAUUACACCGUAUGGUGAUGUUAGUGACAGACUCCAGCUGAGGAAGUCCCUAAAUUGUCGCAGCUUUGACUGGUAUGUUAACAAGGUCUACCCCGAGUUGAAGAAGACAGUCCCUGCCUGGGAUGAGCUGUAUUCCGGUUUGAUUAAAAACGUCUACUUGAAACUUUGCAUUGAACGAUUUAGUAAAUCAAUUCUGAGUGCUUGUGAUGAGCGACAAAAAAAUCAGUUGUGGGACAUCACAAAGGAAGGUUUGCUGUUCAGAGAAAGUGUUGGCCUCAUGCCAGUUGUCACGUCGCAAGACCCAAACGUCAAACCAAGAGUCAUUUUGAGACUUAUUAAAUCAGUAAAGGACAUCGCACCAUUGCUCUGGAUAUACAAUCAGACCAACAGGCAAUUAAUUCAUAAAGUCUCGGGACAUUGUCUAGAAGCUGAUCCCAGUACCAACUUCACUUGCUUAUCCCCAUGUCAAGCUGGCUCCAGGCUGCAGUCCUGGCAACUGACCACCAGACGAGAGAGAAUGGAUAUAUUGAGAUAUAAACUCCAGGUUCCUAUUGGUUGGAACUAGCGAAUUGUAACUAGUGGGUUGUUCAGGACAACCUACCAUGAACCUACUAUUAAGUAACACUUACAAAUUAAAAAGAAAAGGAAAACUUAAAAAAUAUACUUCAUUUUUAUUACAAAUACAUUGGAGAGCUCCACGAUAAAUUGAUGAAUAGCAAAGACGCUAAAUUGAACUUGCUGCCAACUACUAGAAAGAAAUAAUCUUUAAAUUUUACAAUACCUUCUGUGUUGCCCGUUUGUUUUUGAAAAAACUUAAAGUCAUAGGUCAUCAUGGGGGCCCAACUGUUAUUUCGAUUGAGCCCCCCAAGAUGACCUGCUGGUCGCUGUCAGAAAACGCAACCUUAAUCUAUAUGGUCAUAUCACGAGGUCCUCAAAACUCACAAAGACCUUCAAGCAGGUAACUACCAGGGAAAAAAAAAACGAGGCAGGCAUUGAAAGCGACUGGAAGACAACAUUAAAGAAGGAAAGAGACCCUAGUCAAGGCAAAAGACAGGAAUGGUGUAAGACAGUCGACAGAUCAUGUGUGGUGCCCGAGU